CUCCCUGCCGCCAAAAUUUCGUACAAAUUCAACCGCACCUUCGCUGCGCAAGCUUUCCCUUUCUUUAUCUCGUUUUCAUGGCAAAUUUUCAUGGAAACAAAAUAAUUCCAUCCACCCCGCAUUCCCCAGCCCACCACUUCCUUCUCCAAGCGGGUCCUCAUCUGAAACCUCUACAGCAAGUCCACGCUUACAUAAUCGUAUCCGGCUCUGGUCACAGCCGAUCCCUUCUUACAAAGCUUCUCAAUCUGGCUUGCGCGGCUGGCUCCUUUAGCUACACGCAUCAAAUCUUUCUAUCUGUUACAAAACCUGAUUCAUUCCUAUUCAGUUCCCUAAUCAAAUCGGCAUCCAAAUUUCACUUCUCCAUUUAUUCCCUUUACUUCUACAGUUGUAUGCUCCUUUGUAAUAUCUCACCAUCUAAUUAUACAUUCACGUCUGUAAUAAAAUCCUGUGCUGACUUGUCGUUUCUGAAACUUGGUAAAAUCAUCCAUGGGCACGUCUUGGUUAAUGGGUUUGGUUUGGAUGUUCAUGUACAGGCUGCUUUGGUGGCUUUUUAUGGGAAGUCUGGUGACUUGGGUAAUGCGAGGAAGGCGUUUGAUAAAAUGCCGGACAGGAGUAUUGUGGCGUGGAAUUCAAUGAUUUCAGGAUAUGAGCAAAAUGGGUGUGGGAAGAAUGCCAUUGUGUUGUUUAAGAAAAUGAGGGAAGCUGGCGUUGAGCCGGAUUCAACCACUUUUGUGAGUGUAUUAUCAGCUUGUGCUCAGUUGGGGGCACUUGGUAUGGGACGUUGGGUGCAUGAAUACAUCACUGCGCAUGGUGUGAAUUUGAAUGUUGUGCUUGGUACUUCUUUGAUUAACAUGUAUACGAGGUGUGGUGAUGUAGGGAAAGCAAGGGAAGUUUUUGAUUCGAUGAAUGAAAGAAAUGUUGUUGCUUGGACAGCAAUGAUUUCUGGAUAUGGGAUGAAUGGUUAUGCUCACCAAGCUGUUGAAUUGUUUGAUGAAAUGAGAAGGAGAGGUCCAUGUCCCAAUAGCAUUACAUUUGUUGCUGUUUUGUCUGCAUGUGCUCAUGCAGGGCUAGUGAAAGAAGGUCGCAAGGCGUUUGCAAGCAUGCGAGAAGAGUAUCAUUUGACCCCUGGCGUGGAGCAUCACGUCUGCUUGGUAGAUAUGCUUGGGCGUGCUGGACUCCUUGAUGAAGCAUAUAGCUUUAUCAUUGAAGAAGUUCCUAAAGAGCCAGCAGCAGCUAUCUGGACGGCCAUGCUUGGGGCUUGCAAGAUGCAUAAGAAUCUAGACCUUGGCGUGCAAGUUGCUGAGCAGCUAUUAAAUGCUGAACCAGAAAAUCCAGGUCACUAUGUGAUGCUAUCUAACAUAUAUGCUUUGGCAGGUCGAAUGGAUCGAGUAGAAAUGGUUAGAAACGUUAUGAUCCAAAAAUGUUUAAAGAAGCAAGUUGGCUAUAGCACGAUAGAAGUUGAUCAUAAGACUUAUUUGUUUAGCAUGGGUGACAAGUCUCACCCUGAGACAAAUGAAAUUUAUCGAUAUUUAGAUGAACUGAUGUCACGGUGUAGAGAAGCAGGUUAUGCAGCAGUACCUGAGUCAGUGUUGCAUGAAUUGGAAGAGGAGGAAAGAGAAUUUGCACUUAGGUACCACAGUGAAAAGCUUGCAAUAGCAUUUGGGCUAUUGAAAAUGAGCCAUGAAGCUCCUAUCAGGAUCAUAAAGAACCUUCGAAUGUGUGAGGACUGUCAUUGGGCAAUCAAGUACAUUUCAGUUGUUGCUAAUAGAGAAAUUAUUGUCAGGGAUAAGCUUCGUUUCCACCACUUCAAGGAUGGUUCAUGUUCAUGCCUAGACUAUUGGUGAUGGGCGCCAUACGGUAUCUAGCAUUUCACAUUUGCUUGACCAUCAUAGAUAACAAAUAUCAUUUGUACAUGUUAGUGCUUCAUUAGGUUUUUCUGGAUAAAGAUAAAAAAGUACAUUAUUGAUCAACUUAUGGUACUACGAUGUUGGUGCCGCUAUUCUUUUGGAUAAUAAACAAAGGGCUUCCGAGUCAUUAUUUUCUCAAACAAAAGAAACUUGAAAUGUAUCCAAGUACACAUUGGUAGUUUUCGCACAACGUCAGUGUUGGCUGUUCAGGUGAUGGGAGAGAUGGGUCGUGGAUAUGGUUGGCUGUCAUAUGAUGACAAGAUAUAUACUCUGAUAGCACUCGAGCGUUGCCAAUCUGACUGCAAGAAUUGUUUCUCCGAAGGGAUAUAUGUACUGGUACUCUGGUAGUCCAUAGAGCAAAGGAGAUAGGCUAUACUAUCAUGUAAUCAAAGGAAAUUAACCAUGGCAUAUUCUAUUCCAUUUUGUAAUGGGCAUAAGUGAAGUUUUGGAGCUUU